AUGUCCAAGCGCCCCAUCAGCCCGCCCGCGGACGGCCCUCAAGAAGAAGGCAGAGACGAGCCCCAUCAAUCGAGACUAUGGCCGCCGAUAUCGCAAGAUAGCAGCAAUGAAGCCGUCACCAAGAUCAUCUCUGCGGACGAUGUAGAGCUGUAUGUGCCCGAGCACCUUUUGAGGUCACAUAGUGUCGUUUUCCGAACCAUGCUCAAUGAUAUCCCAUCCCCUCCCCCAGCCAGCGGCAACUCCCAUCCUAUCGAACUCACCGACCCCAAGAUCGAAGGACACAAGACCUUGCACCUUUUCCUGGCUAUCGUGACUGGCGAAGAUCUGAAAGACGCCGUUGCUCGCGAUCAGAUUGUAGGAGCGCGCGGGGAGAUGUUGUUGGCUGUCAUGCGGUUUGCCGAGAAAUGGGACUGCCCUAUAGCAACCCGUCUUUUGACAUUCUCUUUAAUGGAGCUCGCUGGGAAAGGCCUGCACCAAAGAGUGGUAUCGCGUUGGGACAUUUUUGUCAUUGCUGCGCAGAUGGGUCUGCCAGAGAUCGCUGCCAAAGUCAUCGAGGUCUACAGAGCGGACAUUGCGAGCUCUGAUCCGGAGAUUUCUUCUUACCCACCACCCUCUUGGCCUAUUUUCCUGGGGGCCUAUCCCGAAUUCGCCAUUUCCAGCCUCAAGCCCGAAGCGUGGGGUGUCAUACCGAGCCAUUAUUUGCACGCCCUUUAUCGAGCAUCGACUACCACAGCUCUUGGUGAUGAUAAUCAAGAUUGGUGUGAAAAUUGUAAUUAA